GGCCCCGAGGAAAGGAGCCUGAAACUCUUCGAAAGGUGUACAGGCGGAGCCACACACCGAAGUAAAUGUAAGGAACGUACUUGUUAUUACACAAGAGGCGCUACACACGAAGCCGUUUCUUACAAGAGGUAGACACGAUGUUGAGUAUGUAACAAAAAGAGCUAUAAACGCUUGUACGCAGCCUCUCUCGAGCAAACGAACGGCUACUGUAACGAGUGCUUCUUUUUUGUUAUAGUUUUCACCAUGAACAGGAAAACGAUGUGUCCCUCGUUCAAUUUGGUCAAUGCAAACCGAAAAGCCAGCGUGAUUUUUAUGGCGAUGAUUGUUGCCGUUAUCGUGACGUGGUUGGUUCACCGCAAUCCUCGUCCGCUCCAUGAUGAGGCGCAAAAGGAUCACGUGUCAUCGUCACAAACUGCCUGUAUCGAUGGUCACGACCCUUGGACCAACAGCAAGAAAUCAACCGAAUCGAUGUCAGCCCAAGAGAUGUAUCAAUAUUUGCGUUGGACCAACAGUUCUGCUUGCCAAAACGCUGUCGAUAUCGGAUUCAGCGUCAUGGAUUAUAAAGGCGUGAUCGCUUCCGAUGGCAACAAAGCCGUUUGCUUUGAUAGGUCCAUCACACCCGAUGCGGGCAAUUGUUUGGUCUACUCUUUUGGCAUCAACAACGAAUGGUCUUUCGAGGACGCUAUGGCCAAAUUCAGCUGCCAAGUUUACGCUUUCGAUCCAUCGAUGAACGUCAGCGAUCACGAUCGAAGUCAGUUCAUCCAUUUCUUCCGUCUCGGUCUGGACGGCCAAGAUAGAUUGCAUCCUAGCAAAGGAUGGCAAAUGAGAACCGUCACGUCCAUCUACGACAUGCUGAAAAGCCAACACGGAGAAUUGGCGCUCAUCGACGUCCUGAAAAUCGACGUUGAAUUCGCCGAAUGGGACGCCCUACCACAAAUGGCGAAUUCCGGUUUCCUUGCCGACAAAGUCAAACAGCUGGUCGUUGAGAUUCACUUAGAAGCUGACGUUCCGUUGCAAGUCUUACGCCACCGGGUUCAAAUCAUCAGGAAUCUAGAAGCCAAAGUUCAAGGGUCGGUCGGAGGAUUUGUUCGAUUCAGUUCACGACCCAAUCCGUUCUUCCCAAUUCCUGCGCAGGUAUCGCAAUACAAGAAAGGUGAAAUCUUUAUUGAUCUGGCAUGGUACAACUCCAGGUACUUUUUACCGAUCGUUUAGCGGCCAUCUUCCUCUGCAUAUACACCUGCCAUACUUCCCCUGGCUCUCUCUCACCUCCUUGCGCUGUUGAAAUGCAAACAGUUUUUCCAUUCAUGAAGCUCAUAAUGUUCUUGCAAAAAUAUACGGCAUGUACAGCAAGAACAUGCGUUUCCUUAAUGAAAGAGCAAAGUUAUACGUCCAUGAAACUAGCAGACAAAUUCAUUUGAUUUGGAGGCAUAAUGAAGGGUGUGUUGCUUACCAUCAAUCUCCGUCACGCCCAGUAUUGAUGUAUGAACAGCGAAGAAAUUUG